AUGAUCUGGCAGCAAGACGGUGCACCACCUCACUAUGGUCAAAUUGUGCGAGAUUAUUUAGAUGAUACAUUUUUACAAUGGAUUGGUCGUCGAGGAACUGUUGAAUGGCCACCACGGUCUCCGGAUCUUACUCCAUGUGAUUUCUCACAAUGGGGAAUGAUAAAAGAUCGUGUCUAUGCUCAACAACCUCGUGAUGUGAAUCAUUUAAAAUUAUUAAUUGAGCUAGAAUUUACAUCGUUCAAUAAUAACAUCGAAUUAUGCCAAGCAAUCUGUUGUUCUGUAGCAGAUCGUUGUUACAUGUGUAUCAAUACAGAAGGCAAA